AUGACCGGUGGACUUCGAUCGAUUUGGAUUGUGCGGCAUGGCGAACGCGUGGACAACAUUGACCCCAGCUGGCGGCAGAAUCCGCCCCGAGGGGCGUGGGACGAUCCCACUCUCAGGUAAGUUGAAUCCUCUCUUUUUCCAAGCUAGGAUACCCUUAGAUCCCGAGGAACAUUGGUGAGCAACUGAUGGUGAAUGUUGUUCGAUGCGCAACAAGUUCGUUCUCUUCUUAUUUUUUCGUUUCCUCACUCACAAGACUUCACACACUUCCCAAAAUCCUAGCCACCUCUAAUCGUCGGAAUUUUCAGUGCUCGAGGCCAUCAACAAGCCAGAGAAGUCGGAGCUCAAUUAGCGAAGCAGCAUGAGCGAAUUGAUCAUGUUUUUGUUUCCCCUUUCACCCGGACAGUUCAGACCGCAAAUGGGAUUCUAGAGGAGAUCGAGAGAGCGAAUCCAGAGAUCUACAGGAACACCGGAGUCCCAAAGAUGAAUCUGGAGCCCGGGUUCUCAGAAUCACUUCAUGUUUGUCAAGCUACUCCCGGCCAUUUGAGUCCUGAGGAGCUCAAGUAAGCGUGUUAUUACUAUACAGUGGGGGACCUGAUCCAGUGGCAAAAAACCUACCAUUUUGCAUCCGGGAAGUAUCAAAAAUGUGGCAAAAUACCUCCCUCUCCAAGUGAAAAAACUUCGUUUUGAAGGGCGCGCCCUUUUCCUCACAAAAACAGCGGGCUCGCUUUUGAAAUCUGAGUUUUUUCACUUGUAGAGGGAGGUAUUUUACCGCAUUUUUUAUGCUUCCUGGAUGCAAAAUGGUACGCUUUUGCCACUGAAUCAGGUCCCUCACUGUAUCAGAUCGGAUGUCAAAAUACUAGGACAUCAUCCCCAGCCGAUUUUAUCCUUUAAUCUUUGCAGAGCUCAAUUCCCCCGUAUUGACCUCACCUACAAGCCUUUCCACACAAAACACUACGUCGAAACCACCUCCAUGUGCUGCCAGAAACGUAUAUCCCAAACUUUGGAGCACGUUCUGAGUAACUACAGCGGUAAGUGGAUAUGAAUAAACACAUGGGUCGAAUUUUCGGAAACCCGUUUGUCAAAAUAUCGACUAAACCAGACCGCAACCGGUGUUAUAAAUAACUAGAUUCACUCGUCCCAAAAAACAUAAAAUAUAACUGAAAUUUUCCAGGAAACAUUCUGAUUGUCUCUCACGGAUCUCCUAUCGGCGCUUGCCACGUAGCCUUGUCGGGUAAAUACUCUUACGUUGGCCAAUGCACCAUCUCCAAAUAUCGCGUCCACGAGCACAACGACAACCCCACUGACAACCGAGAGAACGAGGAGGAGGUGGACAAAGUGGCCAGAGAUUGGAUGGUUCUCAGCGAUAAAUACUUGUUCAAACCCCACUGUAUUGGCGACUCGUCGCAUCUCUCCGAUCGCACCAAUUUGCGGGACAAAGAGUGAGGAAUAUAACCCGAUUCUACUAGGGAUACUAACCGAAUAAAGGGCUGCGGACCUUGAACAUGGCUUUACUAACCAUCCUAGAGAAAUUUAGAACCAAAUGUUAUUUAUGACCUUAAACUAGGACCAUUAGCUGAACUUGCAUAAUAUUCGAUAAGUAAACGAGAUAACCGAAUGGCGUAACCCUCUGUAAUGCUUCCUUAGGCUAUAACAAACCACGAAAAUCAUCGUAUUUACACUUCGUCCAGUGGGGGACCUGAUCCAGUGGCAAAAAACGUACCAUUUUGCAUCCGGGAAGUAUCAGAAAAGUAGCAAAAUGUAUCCCCGUCCAAGUGAAAAAAACUUCGUUUUGAAGGGCGCGUGUUUGAAAUCAAAAUUUUUUUCACUUGGAGAGUGAGGUAUUUUGCUACAUUUUUGAUGCUUCCCGGACGCAAAAUGGUACGUUUUUUGCCACUGGAUCAGGUCCCCCACUGUAUCUUAUUUUACUCAGAUGGGGUAUACGCGAGAUUUUAGCUCGCUAAGGCCUAACUACAUCAUUAGUUAUCACUACCACACCAAAUGUUUUAUUUUCACCUUGCAUUAGACCACUUAAGACCUUACACAUCCCUUUAACUCCUAAAUUUUCCUCUUUAGACGCCACUCUUCCAAAUUACCCGCCCGUUUCUAGCAUCCACCAGGUCCUUCAUAGGCUCUCAUCGCUCAAAAAACUGAUACAUUCACUUGUCUCUAAACUUUCAAUUCUAUGAAAUCAUCGACUAGAAUAAACAUUUCAACAGUGUUCUCGAGUCCUCAAACUUUUCAAUUCAAAAAAUUUUCAAAGAUUCGAUAAAGUUCGAACAAAAAACUCGCUUCAAUCUAUAACAUAACUCAGCUACAGCCUGUAUAUAACGGCAAUGCUUACAAUUUCCACCGAUUUCUUUCCUUUCCUGCCUUCUAACCUUCCUUUCAUAACUACAGAUGGGUAACUGAUCGAGUGGCAAAAAAACGUACCAUUUUGCAUCCGGGAAGUAUCAAAAAUGUGGCAAAAUGCUUCCCUCUUCAAGUGAAAAAAACUCCGAUUCAAAACGAAGUUUUUUCACUUGGAGAGGGAAGCCUUUUGCCACAUUUUUGAUGUUUCCCGGAUGCAAAAUGGUACGUUUUUUGCCGCUGGAUCAGGUCCCUCAUUGUAUUUUUUGACGUUUUCACUGGAUUUUUUUGCAUUUUUCGCAUUUUCAGAUCGCGUUCGGCUUUGCUCAUAAUGCAGAAGCUGCUGUCGUUGCCGCUGAGGUCGACCUUUGACAAGUUGCACAAUAUUAACCCCGAGCCCAUUACGCAUGGAAUUGCUGGACAUUAA